UCUGCAUCCCCAUAAUAUACUCGCGCAGCCUUGACCUUCGCCAUUUCCUCUCAAUCAAUGCUGGAUUAUACAAGAUGGCCGACAUACGGGUACCCAAAGGGGAUACAACACGAUAUAGGUAUAAUGUACAUCAUGUCUCCAACUCUACACACGACUCACUGGACAUUCUGAGGAAAGGCAAAGACAUCUACAUGGUGUACGAUUGCAGCAAUGUUUACGCGGGUGAAUGCGGGGGUUGGUCAGACCGAUUGUCGGGCAUGCUCAGUGUGUAUGUCAUAUCACUGAUAACCAAUCAUACGUUUCUAGUACGUCAUAACAAGCCAUGUCCUCUCGAGGACUACCUAGACUAUAACGCCCAUAACUGGGUGUUUGACAAAGCUCUCGUGGAGAGAGGGCACCUUAGCUACCAAUACAUAUCUUACUAUUGUAAGGUACCUACUGUAGUCAGGUCCCACCGCCGGGAACGCCUGGCUGUCACAUUCAAUAAGGAUAUAAACUUUGUGCGGGUGAACUGGGAUUAUACAGACCACUUCCGGGCCACAAAGGGAAUAGGAAAGCUCGUGCCAUGGAUCACCACGUUGCAGUAUUCCGACAUCUACAGACAUUUCUUCAAUUCACUUUUCAAAAUUAAAAAAGAAAUCAGUGAUUACCUGGAUAUUGUCAAGGGGGAGAAAAAGCUAGCGUGCGCACACAUCCGUAUGGGUGAAUCGGGAAUGACUCGUACUACACUACCUGAACUUGUCGACAUAUGGCGGGUUCUGAAACAAAUGGAGAAACGGAAAUUCUCAAUCUUUGUUGCAACGGACUCUAAUUUAGUGAAGAGGAAGGCUAAAGCAUUGUUUUCUAGAUCCAGCGUAGAAAUUGACGGGGUAAUAACACACAUUGACGUCACUAAGAAAGGCGACCUUUGUGGGGGGUUCCGAAAGGCCGUGUUAGAUUUCUUCAUGCUGACACGUUGUGAGGAGCUUGUCAUCACCAGGAGUGGCUUCGGUAUAAUGGCCGCCUAUCUGAGACGCCGAGACAAACUACACUGUCUGACUCCUAAUGGUGUUGUCUCCUGUACUAGGUUCACCAUCCACAAUAUUUAUCCUUCUCCAAUCCUCUCUCCAUUCUGAUAAAAUCAUCCAUAACAGCAGAGACGUAUAUAUAUGUCUCUGAUAAC